UAGUUGGUUAUGUUAGACAACUGGCCACAGAACUUUUUAUUUCAGCCUAACAGCACCUGAAUUUCAUUGGAAUUACGUCUCUUAUGUAAUGAAACCAAUCAUUGAGGGUUACAUAGCAAAAUAUUGUUUUUUGAUGUCCUGAAAGGAAUUACACUGAAAAUGUUUGUUCUAUGCUAGCCAUAUUUUCAUCACUGUCGUCUAACAGAACGGAACUGAGCUGCUUUAACUUGUGAAGUUAGAGGAAGGGGAGAUAGAGGCACCUGUUAGAGUGUCUUGUAUAUAUGUAAAACAUGGAUUAUCGAAAUGAUGGAUUACGCCAGAUGCACUAUUCUUCUGCUGGCUAUAAAUCUACGAUGAGGGAGUACAAAUUGGUAGUUUUAGGAAGUGGUGGUGUUGGCAAAAGUGCCUUGACUGUCCAGUUUGUUCAAGGUAUAUUUGUGGAGAAGUAUGAUCCAACCAUUGAAGAUAGUUACCGAAAGCAAGUUGAAGUUGAUGGGCAGCAGUGUAUGUUGGAAAUCCUUGAUACUGCUGGAACAGAGCAAUUCACUGCUAUGAGAGACUUGUAUAUGAAAAAUGGGCAAGGAUUUUUGCUUGUGUAUUCUAUCACAGCUCAGUCAACAUUCAAUGAUUUACAAGAUCUACGGGAACAAAUUUUACGAGUUAAAGACACAAAUGAUGUACCCAUGCUUCUAGUGGGUAACAAAUGUGACUUGGAGGAUGAGCGUGUUGUGGGUAAAGACCAAGGUACUAAUUUGGCAAGGCAAUUUAAUUGUGGCUUUUUGGAAACUUCAGCCAAGUCAAAAAUCAAUGUCAAUGAGAUAUUUUAUGACUUGGUUCGACUAAUUAACAAGAAAAACCCAGAAAAAAGAGACAAGGGCCGAAAGAAAAGUUCAAACUGUGUACUUCUCUAAAGUUUUAUUUGCAUCCAGGUCAGAUGAGUUUUAAGUACGGUGUACAUCAAGAGCCUGUCUCAUCGUUCUUCUCAAAUGUUGACUUGAUUUAAACACAUUCAGUUUCAUCUGCCACUCAACAUGAGAAAAAUUUCUUGCCACAAUUCAUUUGUGGAUCAUCUAAUAAAUUUAAUAAUAAAAUAUAUCAAAAAAGAAAAAAUUGAUUGUAUUAAAACAAAUGGAGAAUUUACUGAGAACAUUGUUUACCACAUGUGAAAGUUGGUUAUCAUUGAGCCAACAUUGAUAUUUUGCUAGACAGUAAUUUCUUGACAGGUCUGUAUGUCAUCCAUGCUGGUUCUACAUCAAGCUGAAACUGAUUCAAUACAGACAUAAAGACACUAUCCUGCUUAUAUAUCCUUUUCUCUUUGCUUUUCUUUUCUUCUCUUUCUUCUAACAUUUUAUAAAGCUUAAAGAAUAGCAAGAUCCCUUUUUAUUGUAACUACAAUGCCUUCCCUCCAUCCUGCUCCAAUGUUGCUUCAGUAAUGUUUUGAAUUUUUAUUUUUUCUAUUUAUACUAUUUUCUGUGUGUGCUGUACAAUUUGCAGGCAAGCUGAUUUUGCAUUCAUAUGCAUGGUGGAACUGAGCCACUGUUUAGCCUUUCAGCGGCCUCAAGAUUGUCUGGUGCAUAUCUGUUUCUCUAUCAUUUAUACAGCUCUGUUGAAAUGGUUACCAUUUCUGUCAAGAUACAUCUCUUGCAUUGGUUUGCUUCCUUCCUUAAUUUACUCUCUCUUUUGAACUCGAGAAUUAUAUUCUACCUAUAUAAAGCAAAAAGCUGAUGAGUCUGAAUGCAUAUAGCAUCACUUGUAUGGAAUUAUUGGAUCAAAUAAAUUCAUCACUUUUCAAAUAUUGA